CAAUCCACACUGUACUGUCAUUGGUCAUCUGCUACUAUGUACUCACCGGUACUACAGUGAUGAGUUGUCCAGCAUCAUGUAGGUGUACUGGUGUACCUUGGUACACUGUAAAUUGCAACGAUGGCCGAUUAACAAUGGUGCCGGGUGGAAUACCGAAUACAACAAUAACUCUACGGUUGGGCAAUAAUCAGAUCCAGACGUUAAGUGACGGUGUGUUCUCUGAUCUAACAAACCUCCAAACACUAGAUUUGUACAAUAAUCAGAUCCAAACUUUAAGUGACGGUGUGUUCUCCGGUCUAACAAACCUCCAAUCACUAUAUUUGGAUGGUAAUCAGAUCCAGACUUUAAGUGACGGUGUGUUCUCUGGUCUAACAAACCUCCAAACACUAAGGCUCGAUUACAAUCCUCUUAUUCUGACACCAAGUCUCUAUGUCAGUUUAUAUGGUAUCGGCACUAUCUCCGCUAACCCCUGUUCCGGGUGUGUCUAUGUUAACUCAUGGGUUGCUCAGUACUUGAAUCAAGUGUCAAAGUCCUGUGCACCUGGACAUUUUCAGAAGUUCAACAAUAACGGAAGCGUUGACUACUACUGCCGUUGUAAUGAGUCCGUAGCAGUUAUUACGCCGACCUGUUCAUCACCUGGAUACACAUGCCUGGCAAAUGGACAAUUUCCAAUUUGUUUCGGAUACACACAAUGCCAAAAAGCAGGCUCUACUUACAGUUGCACUUGUGAGGAAGAAUUAAGCCUCAUUCAAUCCAGCUGUUACAUAGCUGAAGACUGCCUAAACACACUAGAAGACUGCGGAAAUGGAAACUGCACCAUGGAUUACCCACCUGAAUCCCGAAUAAAUAACAAACUCAAUCAGCCAUCAAAUCCAAUGAAUGGAAUAUAUUCGACAGAUACUAUUUCUGCAGAGAACACAACGUUGACUGUAAAGUGCAAGACUGGUUUCCGGAAUGAUCAAAGUGCAAUACAGUCAACAAUGAACUGUCAAUUCCCAGGAACCUGGACAACCCUCCGUACUGAGCCUUGCCGCCCUUUCAAUUGUUCAGAUUCCCCUUGUGAUCCAAAACGCCAAACAUGCACAGAUAUUGAAAAAGGAGGUUUCGUCUGUAAUUGUUACACUGGAUAUGCAAAGAAUUUCAGUACAGGUUCAUGCGACGACAUUGAUGAAUGUAGUACAGGUGAUGUCUGUGGAUCUAGCACAAGCGAUUGUGUAAACCAGCCGGGAAAAUAUACAUGCACAUGCAAAGUUGGGUACAUCAAAAAAGGAGAUAAUGACUGCACCGGGCACGAGUUGUCGAUUGGUUUAUUGGGAGGCGCUGGAGUGAUUUUAGUUAUUAUCGCAGUCAUAGUCAUCAUCUGGUCACGACGUGAAUACAAAGCCAAAAGGGAAGAAACAACACGGAGCAAAUUUCAUCGAGAUGUGUUCUUCUCCGACUGCAAGCAGACCACGGGUAUGACGUACUUGUCCAAUAAUCCAGCUUACAGCACCAAACAGGAGCCUAUAUAUGAAGAAAUUGAUCUCCCAGAUGAAGCCAACACAAAAUCGUAGUAAAUUGUCAACGGUAACCCUUCUUAUUUACAUGUUCUAAAAAUCAGCAUCAUGAAAAAUGUACGUGGAGCUAUUGCUCACCUCUCCACGUCUCAUCAUUGUCAAUUCCAAGUAAACCUAUGUAGUAGAAUAGCAGCAUUCUUAGUACUAGUAGUAGUAGGCAUGUUCUUCUUUUACUCUACCCCUCCCUCACUCCUUUUCACAACUACAUCAUUCUUAUAUUAUUUCUUUUAUUAUAAAUGUGUGUAUUGUUUUUCCGUCUGGCAUGGAUUUUCUGCCCUUUUUGCAAGCAUAAAGUAUUGUUAGUCAUGCAUGCCAACAUUGAGCCAAAUGCAAUUGACACGAACCCACUCGAGUCUUACAACAUUCACACAUAUGGAGGAGUCUGCUUUUCAAGCAAAUCCGCCUUUUUCGCGCACGUACUGCUAUUGGAUAUGUAUCCAAAGUCACGUGCCAUACGCGGCACCCCCCCCCCCUUCUGCCACUGCUGGGAAUUUAAACAUAACUAAGUUCUCAUUUUUGCUACAUGGAAAUUGUGGGCACACAUUAUGCGAAUGUGUCAACCAACUAAACCAGCCCCUGAACAGUCAGACGUGCACAAUGUAGUACAGAACUGACAAGGAGUACGGAGCAACUCCACUGCAAGAAAGUGUUGAAGUUUUGUGCUAGGUUGUGCAUGUAUGGUUGUUCAAAAUCUGGUUUCUUUGGCAGACUCAAUUGCGUAACUUUUGCCCACAACUACCACGUUACAAUGUUUUUCUUGGCCCAACACCCGAGUUCUUUUUCUUUUUUGUUGCACCUUUUCCCCAUUUCAUUUCUAUGUGCAUAUGACAUCCAUGCUUUCUUGUUAUUAUAGCUCUACUCUCCUGAACUGUUACUAUCACCUCUCUACUGUACAUUGUCCAUUGCCCUUGUUCAUUUCACUUUGGAUGUGCUUCACCUGAUGACAAAUCUUGAACAGUAUUCUAGUGAAACCGAAAA